ACAUCAGGGCACUUGACCUGACCACUCUAUUUCUCUCUCUAUUCGUCGUCUGAACCCCAAAGCUCUAACGACGGCAUCCAUCAUGCUCCGGCACCGCGUCCUUUCCGCCCUCCGUAGCCGCGGCGGCGCAACCGCCGGUCCCAGCCGCUGGGCCACUCCCGGCCACGAGGAACACCCCAAGGGCUACUUCCUCAACCGGACUCCGCCGCCGCCCGGCCAGUCCCGCAAGUGGGAGGACUGGGAAUUGCCCUGCUACGUCACCAGCUUCCUAGCCAUCGUCAUCCUCGGCGUCGGCCUCAACGCCAAGCCCGAUCUUACCAUCGAGACCUGGGCCCACAAGAAGGCCCUCGAGCGCCUCGAGGUCGAGCAGGUCGCUUCCGAAUCCGACUGAUCGGAACUCGGUGAGUGAGAUCGUUUUCUAUGGAUCGAAAAGCUGUUUCUGCGAUUUGAUUAGGGUUUGGGGGAUUGAUGAUGGAAAAUAAUGGGUUGUUGAUAUUAUAGCUCGAAAAUAAGGCCUUUUGUUUUUCGAAUCUCUGUGAAAGCUUUAACUUGUCUGCGUAAUUUUACUUUCUGGACGUUUUGACUCGUUUAUUAUGUCUCAAAUAGUUCAUAAAAGUUUUAUUGCUUCCAAUC